UUUCUUGAAAAAGAAAAAUAAAGAAACGCGACGCCAUGUCCAUUUCCUUAAAACGAUCCCCUUUCCUCCCCUCUCAUCCUCCGCCCAAAGUCUCUUCUCCUCCAUCACUCCUGACUCCCGUCUUCGCCAUGGGCAGCUCAUCCAACUCCUCUUCCGACCAGAAACCAGCGGAAGACAACGGGGCGCCCGAUUUCUGUCUUCCAGUUUACUCGACGGGUUCCGAGGUGUUGGCCAAGCUGCAAGAGAAAUGGAAGUCCGUGGAAAAGCAACCAUACCCAGCAAUGUAUUCUAGCAUUUUUGGUGGAAUUACUCUUGAUCCGGCCAUGAUGGUUAUUCCAAUUGAUGAUCACAUGGUUCAUAGAGGACAUGGAGUUUUCGAUACUGCUAUGCUUAUGGAUGGACACUUAUAUGAACUGGAUACCCAUUUGGACCGAUUCUUGAGGUCUGCAUCAAAAGCAAAGAUUACUUCUCCUUUCCCCCGUGAAGCUCUGCGGAGCAUACUUAUUCAGAUGACAGCAGCAUCAAGGUGCCGCAAGGGUUCGAUUAGAUACUGGUUGACUGCAGGUCCUGGAGAUUUCUUGCUAUCACCAGCAGACUGUCCAGAACCUGCAUUCUAUGCCGUAGUCAUUGAUGAUGACUACUCGCAGUGCAAGGAAGGCGUGAAAGUUAUUACAUCCACUGUACCAAUGAAACCUCCUUUGUUCGCUACCAUGAAGAAUGUGAACUAUCUGCCCAAUGUUUUCUCCAAAAUGGAAGCAGAAGACAAGGGUGCCUUUGCCUCCAUCUGGGUUGAUGAGCAAGGAUAUAUUGCCGAGGGCCCUAAUGUCAAUGUUGCAUUCAUAAGCAAGAGCAAAGAGCUGCUUCUUCCCUCGUUUGAUAAGAUCCUUAGUGGUUGCACUGCCAAGAGGCUUCUAGCACUGGCACCCAAAUUGGUCGAGAAGGGCCUUCUCAAAAGUGUGAAUACAGGAGAGAUAACAAUUAUUGAAGCGAAGGAUUCAGCUGAAAUGAUGUACGUGGGAAGUGGGCUUCCCAUAUUACCUAUCACUGAAUGGGAUGAUCAGCCUAUUGGAGAUGGACAAGUCGGAGAACUAACGCUUGCCCUCUCUGAUCUGCUUUGGGAGGAUAUGAUGGCAGGUCCGGAAAGGACCCGUGUUCCAUAUGAGCAAGUCUCUGCAACUUAAAGAGUGCGUCUUGCUCUUCUUCACAAGGCUCUGUGCCUUCUCGUGUGUUCUCAGCUCUCCUCCUGCUUCAAGCAUCUGGAAAGUUCUAAAACUCUGCGCUUAAGCAGUCUGUCUUAUUUCUUCUGGUUACAUUUAUGCUUCUGUUUGUGGAUGUAGUGGGGAGGUAGGUGAUUCUAAUGUCUUGAGUCAUGUAUUUGUUGAUCCAAUAUGCCUUAAUGUAUGUCUACUUGUAAGUCAAAUGUGCUUAUCUUAUUUCGUC